AAAUAUUUAAAUCUUAACCCUCUCCUUCCCCUUCUCCUACACACUACUCUUUCCCCUUCUACUCUUCAGUCUGUUCUCGUUUCUUUCUUUCUGUCUUCUUCAUUCUCCUCUUCUUCUUCAAAAAAUCAGAACCCAAAAACAUUUCAGCAAAAUAAACAAAACCCAGAAAAAAAAAAAUGAGACUUCUUCUUCUUCUGUUUCUCAUUCUCCAUCUUCAAAUCUGCACUUCUUUUGCUCGUGUAAUGUCUGAAUACCAAGCUCUUCUUUCUGUAAAAGCCGCCAUUGAUGACCCUCAAUCAGCUCUUGUUUCAUGGAACUCAAGUAACUCACUUUGCUCGUGGUCUGGCGUUACCUGUGACCCUUCUGGUCGUCACGUGACCUCUCUUGACCUUUCUAGUCUUAAUCUUUCUGGUAUUCUCUCCUCUGAUAUCGCUCAUCUUCGUUACCUUCAAAACCUUACUCUCGCUGCUAACCAGCUUUCUGGCCCCAUCCCGCCUCAGCUUUCCGCCAUUCCUGGCCUUCGCUCCCUUAAUCUUUCUAACAAUGUUUUUAAUGGAACUUUCCCUUCUCAACUCUCUCAGCUCAAAAAUCUGCAAGUUCUUGACUUGUAUAACAACAAUAUGACCGAUGUAUUGCCGUUGGCUGUCACCGACAUGCCCAAUCUCCGUCACCUGCAUCUGGGUGGGAAUUUUUUCUCUGGAAAAAUCCCACCGGAGUAUGGGAAGUGGGAGUUUCUAGAAUACUUAGCAAUCUCCGGCAACGAAUUGGUCGGUCCUAUUCCACCGGAGAUUGGUAACUUAACCAGGUUGCAGCAACUCUACAUUGGAUACUAUAAUAGCUAUGAAGGCGGUUUACCGCCCGAGAUCGGAAACUUAUCCGAUUUAGUCCGGUUUGAUGCUGCAAAUUGCAUGUUAUCGGGAGAGAUACCAAAGGAGAUAGGAAAGUUACAGAAGCUAGACACUCUAUUUCUUCAGGUGAAUGGUCUUUCUGGGUCUUUAACAGAAGAGCUUGGCAACUUGAAAAGCUUAAAAUCCAUGGAUUUGUCCAACAAUAUGCUUACCGGAGAGAUUCCGAGUUCGUUCUCCGAGUUGAAGAACUUAACGCUGUUGAAUCUUUUCCGUAACAAACUCUAUGGAGCGAUUCCGGAGUUCAUCGGUGAUUUACCCAAGCUGGAAGUGUUGCAGUUAUGGGAAAAUAACUUCACAGGAAGUAUUCCACAAGGGUUGGGCAAAAAUGGGAAUCUUGUCCUUCUAGAUCUCUCUUCAAACAAACUCACCGGAAAUCUUCCGCCGAAUAUGUGUCUCGGUAACCGGUUACAAACUUUGAUUACACUUAGUAAUUUCUUGUUUGGGCCGAUUCCUGAAUCCCUUGGAAAAUGCGAGUCAUUGAGUCGGAUUCGAAUGGGAGAGAAUUUUCUAAACGGGUCGAUUCCAAAGGGGCUUUUUGGGUUACCAAAAUUGAGUCAAGUAGAGUUACAAGAUAAUCUUUUAACUGGAGAGUUUCCAGUUACUGACACUAUAGCAAUGAAUCUUGGCCAAAUCAGUCUUUCUAACAAUAGGCUUUCUGGGUCUUUGCCUCCUAGUAUUGGGAACUUCUCUGGUGUUCAAAAGUUGCUUCUUGAUGGGAAUAAAUUCUCUGGGGCUAUCCCACCUCAAAUUGGAAGAUUACAACAACUCUCAAAGAUGGACUUUAGCUCUAACAAGUUUUCAGGCCCAAUUACACCUGAAAUUAGCCAAUGUAAGCUAUUAACAUUUGUUGACCUCAGUAGAAAUGAGCUGUCAGGUGCAAUUCCAACUGAGAUUACAGGUAUGAGAAUAUUGAACUACCUUAAUUUGUCAAGAAAUCAUCUAAUUGGCAGUAUUCCUUCAUCAAUAGCAACUAUGCAGAGCUUAACUUCUGUUGAUUUUUCUUAUAACAAUCUUACUGGUUUGGUUCCUGGUACUGGUCAAUUUAGUUAUUUUAAUUACACUUCGUUUUUGGGUAAUCCUGAUCUUUGUGGUCCUUAUUUGGGUCCUUGCAAAGAUGGGGAUGGAAAUGGAACCCACCAAGCACAUGUUAAAGGGCCACUCUCUGCUUCUUUGAAGCUCUUGCUUGUCAUUGGCUUGCUUGUUUGCUCAAUUGCAUUUGCAGUUGCAGCAAUAAUUAAAGCAAGAUCAUUGAAGAAGGCUAGUGAGUCUCGCGCAUGGAAAUUGACUGCAUUCCAGCGCUUAGAUUUUACGGUUGAUGAUGUUCUGGACUGCUUGAAAGAAGAUAAUAUAAUUGGAAAAGGAGGUGCAGGAAUUGUUUAUAAGGGAUCUAUGCCAAACGGUGAUCAUGUUGCUGUUAAGAGGUUACCAGCAAUGAGCAGAGGGUCAUCUCAUGAUCAUGGAUUCAAUGCUGAGAUACAAACUUUAGGAAGGAUUAGACAUAGACACAUCGUUAGAUUAUUGGGGUUUUGCUCGAAUCAUGAGACUAAUCUUCUGGUGUAUGAGUACAUGCCUAAUGGGAGCUUAGGUGAGGUUCUUCAUGGCAAGAAAGGAGGUCAUUUGCAUUGGGAUACCAGGUAUAAGAUUGCUGUUGAAGCUGCAAAAGGCCUUUGCUAUCUUCAUCAUGAUUGUUCACCACUGAUUGUUCAUCGCGAUGUGAAAUCGAACAAUAUCCUUCUUGAUUCCAAUUUUGAAGCUCAUGUUGCUGAUUUUGGUCUUGCUAAGUUCUUGCAAGACUCAGGCACCUCAGAAUGUAUGUCUGCAAUUGCUGGUUCUUAUGGAUAUAUAGCUCCAGAGUAUGCGUAUACGCUCAAGGUUGAUGAGAAGAGUGAUGUAUACAGCUUCGGUGUUGUUCUGUUAGAACUUGUUACUGGUAGAAAACCGGUUGGGGAAUUUGGUGAUGGAGUGGACAUAGUUCAAUGGGUUCGAAAAAUGACCGACUCGAACAAGGAAGGAGUUCUCAAAGUCCUAGACCCAAGACUCCCUUCAGUUCCACUUCAUGAGGUAAUGCAUGUGUUCUAUGUUGCAAUGCUGUGUGUUGAAGAACAGGCGAUAGAGCGCCCAACAAUGCGAGAAGUAGUGCAGAUUUUAACAGAGCUUCCUAAGCCACCAAACUCAAAACAGGGAGACUUAACAGUUACAGAAUCCUCACCACAAUCAGCUGCUACACUAGACUCUCCAAAUGCAGCAACUACUAGAGAUCAAAAAGAUCAUCAAUCGCCUCAAUCACCACCUGACCUUCUCAGCAUUUAAAAGCCUUUUUGAAAGGGAAAGAAGGGGGAUUGUUUGUUCUCUUAAAUUCCAGGAAUUGUGUUAGUUUCAAUCUUGUGAUAUUUUAUUUUCUUUCUUUCUUUUUUUUAAUCUUUUGGGAAGGUUUGCUCUAACUUAUUGGUAUUAAGUUUGCAAGUUUUUUUGUGUAUAGUAGGAGGAAAAUUAAGGGUGGGAGAAAUUAAGGAAGGGUUUGUUUAUUUUCUUAUAAAAAUCUUGUCUUCAAAGUUCUCCAUAACAUCAAGUUCUAGCGGCACUAUACUAAUGCCAGCAA